UGUCAUUGUUAUUUGUUACCACUGUUACUGUAGUCCGUCUACUACGUUUGAACCACUGCUGUUCGUUUCCCGUUCCUCCGUAAUUCGUCAGUCGAUACAGACCGUUCCCGUUUGCCAGGUCGUCUAUCGUUCGUUUAAUCGUAUAGUUCCGCGGUACACAAUGAAGUUCCAGUACAAAGAAGACAACGUUUUCGAGAAAAGGAAGACUGAGGGCGAGAAAAUCCGGAAGAAGUAUCCUGAUAGGGUCCCGGUGAUUGUUGAGAAGGCACCUAAAUCGCGUAUCGGCGAGCUUGACAAGAAAAAGUACCUGGUACCCUCCGACCUGACGGUCGGCCAAUUCUACUUCCUCAUCAGAAAACGCGUCCACUUACGUCCCGAAGACGCCCUGUUCUUUUUCGUCAACAACGUCAUUCCACCAACCAGUGCCACAAUGGGAUCAUUGUAUAAUGAUCACCGCGAAGAAGAUUACUUCUUGUACAUUGCGUAUAGCGAUGAAAAUGUCUAUGGACGAGUGUAACAUACUUGAGAAAUGUCGGCUGGUUGUUCUUUCAUUGUUCAUUUCAAAAUGCACUCCUUGAAUACAUAAUGACCUAAAAAAAGUUAUAAAAUGUAUUAAAAAUUGGUUAAUAUAAUAUUAUUAUAUUAUAUUUUAUCGAAAAAAAAAAAUAAUAAUAAUAACAAUAUUAUUAUUUAUUAUGUUUAUAAUAUAAGCUUCUCAUACAUGGUGGUAUAAAAACUAUUUUAUAUUGCGAAUAAUAAGUAUGACAUGUUUAUGUAUUGUUAGAUACUAUGUAUAUUAUAAUUUUGCUAAAAUAUUAACCUUUGUUUGAUUUCUUAUUAUUUUUAUUAAGCUUACUAUGACUUGUUUAUAAGAUAUUUAUAGCUAAAUGUGUAGGUGUGCUAAUUCUGUGUGUAAAAAUAUUUCAAAUUAUUUUACCAUUUCAGAAAUGAUUAGCAUUACAAACAUUUGGUUACUCAUCCUGUAUAUACAUAUAAUUAUUUUAAAUAAAUUCUUUAUUAUAUAUUAGUAAUU